CGCUACAUGAUGCGUCAACAUAAAAAAGCGGAUGAUGCUGUUAUGUAAAAACACGCUGAAGUGAGCCGUAGUUUUGCAGGGAGCUUGCCGAAUGCUUAUCACGCAACAUGUAUUCUCCUAAAGCAGGAUUUUGGGUUUGAAGUGAACCGACUUGUGAUUUUUACGCUUAGCGCACAAGGCAGUGCAGUUUGGAGUGGAGAGAGGAAGAGGAAAAGGCUUCAGCGGAUCAACUCAACAUGAGUCGCCUUCCACUCUGUUUUCCUCCUUCACUCGCGGGAAGCGUACACCUGACGCAUCUCUCUCUCGCCCUGUGGAAGUGAUCUUGCUUCUUCAAACCGGGUUAUUUUCAAGACAUCAAAUCGAGAGUGUAUGGACCCAGGUGAUUGUCCAUGAGGAUGCUCGCUGCAGGCUCUCUUUGAGCUAAAACCCUCCAUCGUAGGACUUGUGAAUGAAGAGGAAGCGGCUGCUCUGCCUCUGGACGCUGAGACCAUGGUGAAAGCUCAGGCUGUGAAAUGUGGAAAGCCCCGGAAAGAGAAGGAAAGCAAGGAGAAAGGCGUCGGCUUGAAAAAAGGGAAAGACAGAAAGGAUGAGUUGAGCGAUAGAAAAAAGAAGCAUAAGAAAGAGCCACAUCGACAUAGGAGGAAGAAGAAGACACUGGCAGUCGAUGACAAGGAUGCACUGGACUGCUGCGUCCUGCUCACCCGUCUGGAGGAGAAAGGGGUUGUGGGUAAAGGAAAGGAUGCACCAAAAGAUGGAAAGCAAAAGAGGGUAAAAGUAAAGAAAAAGCUGCAUUCCAGCUCCAGUCAAAGAAGGACCAAAUCUGGAUUAAAGAAAACGUCCACAGCCGAUCAGCAAGCACUGGAACCAAAAAUCGACCAAUCUGACGCCUUACCCAUGUUUCCCGCCCCCUUCUUCGAGCCUCGCCAGCGGAGAAUGGCGUCUCUCAAUGCUGAGGCUGUCAACAGCUUGCUGCUCUACAGAAACAACUCUCAUGCGUCAAAUCUCACAAAGAAACGACAGCCUUCUAAUGAAGACAAAGCUAAAGAUAGUCUUGCUAAAACUGAACAUAAAGGUCUUAAAACCAAAAAGGUUUCCCCAGGAGGGAAAGCAGACCCUAAAGAGAGACCUAAAAAACAGAGGCGGUCAAAGGUGGAGGCUCAGAACAUCGACUGGUUGGCUUUGUUUGCGCCAACGCCUCGGCGUCAGGCGGGCCUCACUGCUGCUACGCUGCUCAAACUCACCAGUUCCACGUAUGGAACCAAGCGGCAGAAGAAGACAGAGUCCAAGCCAGUGAGUGGGAGCCAAGCAGCAGCUACGACUCAGGAUGAUAUAAGUAAACCAGUGUGUGGAGAAACAACACUGACCAAAAGAACAACAAAUCCCAAACAUGAUGACCAACUAAAGCACAUAAAACAGGGUACAGAGGAUCCGGUGCAUUCCCAGCCAGACUCCCAGGGCUGCUGUAGUUUGUGUAAAAUCGCAGAUCCAGAGUGGAAGGGCAGCACAGGAGGACGGGAGUAUCUUAAACAUGAGCUCCAGCGUGGCUCUUCUCUGGGAUUCUCCGUGAAAACAAUCAAAGAGGAACAGGUGGAAUCUGAGGUGUCUUCAUGCUACUGCUGCUCCCAGGAGAGGUGUGUGGAGUACUGCCACCGACUGGCCCUCUUCCUGGACGACAAGACCUUCAAGGAACCAGAGGACGGCUCGCUAUCAGAGGUGUUCCACCACCACCAUCACCACCACCAUCAUCACCACCACCAUCUUCAGUCUCCUCACACUGUAACCCACCCAGCGCCCAUAACCAUCAGCCCGCACACGUACACCUGCUAUCCCGGCUACUACGUCCACUUCAGCCAUCAGGACUCCUCACAGUCUCCCAUAUCGUCCCCGGCUUUGUGCUCCAAGAGCGGCAAGAGGCCCAAGCUGCUCCCCAGCAAGGGUCCACAGCCCUCAGGGAUCACCCACCCAGUGUACUGCUGCUCCUCGGUGGAGGCGUGUUACGGAGAGCCCUGCAGGCUCAACGGCUACUCCACCUACACCAAUGUGAUUCCAGCCAUCGCCAGAGGAGGGUGCUCCGUCAGCCCUGCAGACUGCACCAAAUGUAACAACGGCAUCAAAAGAGACGACUACCCGUCUACCCUCAACGACCAUCACAGUCCCUCCUCCAUCCCCAUCUGUCCCAGCCCCAGAACCCUCACUGGCUGCCCCUUUCCCACUGUGCCUGCGGCUGGCCAAUCAGUGCCCCACGUUCAGUCUCCGCUGUCCGACCCCAGCCAACCGCAGCCUCCUCCGAAGGUGGCGAAGGAGAGUCCGCAGAGCGCCAAGUCGCCCAGCGGGUCGAGGUCUGGCGGCAGUGGCGGCCUCAGCUCGGCUGUCUGCCUCCUCAACAGGGACAAGAAGCAGAAGCUCCGCGCUGCCAGUGUUGGAGGGCGAGCGGUUGCCAGGCAGCAGAAGAACGGCCGCCAAAAAUCCACCAACGGCUGGCAGCCGGUCGGCCUGCCCUUUCAGAGGGAGGUUUUCUCUGUGGGAGAGGAGGCGCUGGUGCCCAGGAAGUGCUUCGAGGGGGUCCAGAGGGACGGGGAGCUCAUUCGGGUCAGAGACACUGUUCUGCUGAAAUCUGGAACUAGAAAGAAGUCACUGCCUUUCGUGGCCAAGAUCUCAGCUCUGUGGGAGGAGCCAGAGUCAGGAGAGCUGAUGAUGAGUUUGUUUUGGUACUACCGUCCAGAACACACACAGGGGGGACGCAACCCAAGUCUUCAUUGUGAGUGUUUACUUUUGGACAGGUCCAAAACAGGUUUUAGUAAUUGGCUUCCUGGGAGCCACAAUUCCUGCAGCAGCUGAAAGCUCG